AGACCACGAAAAGAUACGAACUACGAAGGAAAGAUGGACUGUGGCUAUGUCAAAUAAUUAGUGUUAUUAUUACAAGAAUUGCUUUAAUUUGUGUUAAGGUUGCUCUAAUAAUUUAUACAAAAUAAUGGACAUCUUAGUUAAUAUUAACUGGAACAAAAUCACGCCAUGUCUCGUUUUAUUACUAUCAGAUUUAGUGUUAAAGUUUUCAGAGUGCACGUCGACACAAGCUGAAGUAAACAAACAUUUGGAAUUAGGACGAGAUUUUCUAAGUCGUGGUCAGCUUUCUGAUGCACUCACACAUUAUCAUGCAGCUGUUGAGGGGGACCCACACAACUACCUCACAUAUUUUAAGCGCGGUACCGUCUAUUAUGCACUUGGUAAAGCCAAGUUUGCGUUACAAGACUUUACUAAGGUUUUAGAACUAAAGCCAGACUUCACUCAAGCGAGAGUGCAUCGGGCGCAGGUAUACCUCAAGUUGGCACAAUAUGUGCAAGCCAAAGAUGACUUCCUACAAGUGACGUACGAAGACCCGUACAACGAGGACGCGGCGGUGCAGUACCACCGCAUGGACGAGCUGGCGGAGGAGCUGCGGCUGGCGGAGGCCUACUACCGCGGGGCCGACGUGCGCAGCGCCGCCGAGCUCGCCACGCGCCUGCUGGAGGCUUCGCCCUGGUCCGCGCACCUGCGCCAGCUGCGGGCCGAGUGCUACAUCGCGAUGAACGACCUGUUCUCUGCGGUGUCGGACAUCCGCUCGGUGAACCGCCUGCAGCAGGACUCGACGGCGGGCUACCAGCGCCUCGCCACGCUGCUCUACCAGCUCGGACAUGUUAACGAUGCGCUUAAGGAGAUCCGCGAGUGCCUGAAACUCGAUCCAGAACACAAGCAAUGCUUCCCGCUAUACAAAAAACUGAAAAAGGUGGACAAACUAGUGGAGCAGUGUGAAAGUGCGAGCGCAGCCGGGGACUUCGCGGGCUGCGUGCGAGCUGCCGGCCAGCUGCUGAAGGCUGAGACUGAAGUGUCCUUGGUUGUGUUCGAGGCCAGGAAGUGGCUGUGCACUUGUGCUAAUAAGGACGAGCAGCACACCGAAGCGCUAGUGCACUGUAACGCGGCGCUCGCCAUACAACGAGACGCGCGGUUGUUGUGCGAUAAAGCUGAUGUACUGAUCGCGCUGGAGAUGUAUGAGGAUGCGGCGCGCACGUUUAGAGAAGCGUUAGAGUUAGAAGAGGGUCUGCAGCGAGCUAAAGAGGGACUGAACAAAGCACAACGCAUGCAGAAACUCGCCGAACAGCGGGACUACUACAAGAUACUUGGUGUUAAACGGUCAGCGAGCAAGCAAGAGAUCACGAAAGCGUACCGGAAAGCAGCACAAAAGUGGCAUCCAGAUAACUUCCACGGAGAUGAUAAGAAAGUAGCGGAGAAGAAGUUUAUAGAUAUAGCUGCUGCUAAGGAGGUGCUGACGGACCCCGAGAAGCGCGCGCAGUUCGACGCGGGCGUGGACCCGCUGGACCCCGAGGGCGGCCGCCAGCCCGCGCACCACAACCCCUUCCACCACUUCCAGCACGGCUCGCCCUUCCAGUUCAAGUUCCACUUCAACUGACCCACCAACUCUUCCGCUUCAACUGGGGACUAUGCAGCUCAAGUUCCGCUUCAACUGGGGACUAUGCAGCUCAAGUUCCACUUCAACUGGGGACUAUGCAGCUCAAGUUCCACUUAACCUGGGGACUAAGCAAAUCAAGUUCCACUUUAACUGGGGAUUAUACAGCUCAAGUUCCACUUAACCUGGGGACUAAGCAAAUCAAGUUCCACUUUAACUGGGGGCUAUGCAGCUCAAGUUCCACUUAUAUCGGUCCAGUUAUUCAAGUUCCAUUUCAUAUGAGGAGCAUCCAGCACAAGUUCCACUUCAAUUAAACAUCGAUCGGAUCGAACAGGACAAUACUAUCGCGUUCAAAUUCGAAAAAAAGAACAACAAUUUUGUAUGAUUAUUAUUUAUUACCAUCGAUUAUUGAUGUAAAUACCAUGACUUUCUGAUAUAAAUGCAAUCACUUGUCAACAUUUUUACCGUCGUUUUUGAUAUUAAUACGAUCGACCGUUAUGUUUACGUCAAAACCAUCACUUUUUGAUGUUUAUUGCCAACAAGAAAUCAAAUAAAAAUCGCAAUCAUCAUCAUUGUUGAAGGGAACCAAUAAAAAUACUUAAAUAAACAAUGCAAGAAAAUACAAUAGAUUUAAAUAGUAAACUAAUAGUCAUAUUUAUACAAAACUUCGGAGAUUUUGUAAGUCCGUAACACAACGCUUUAAGCCCAUGCAUAGUGAAAUAUUACAAAACGUAGAUACCGAUAUAAUAAAUAAUAUAAUAGUAAAAAAUAAUACAUCACUUGAAUGCUUCAAAAUAUUAGAAAUCAUUUGGUUUUUACUAAAGUGUUAAAUGCUUACCAUUUUAAUUUUAAAUUCAUCGCUCAUUAAAAUUAUAUAAAUAAAUUAUUCGAGAUACUAAGACAAUAAUAAGUAACAAAAGUUACUUUAAAUACUUUAUAGAUAGCUUCCAUAAAGACGGUAUAUCUAGUCCACUACACCUGCUUCUAAUUAAUAUAUAGAAUCUAUUUUUUAUAUUUCUUAUAGUAUGUGAAAUUAUUUGCAAGCCGUAUAUUGUGUAAAUUGAAAUAUAAAUUAUUUUAGGCGAUAAUUUCAAGCUUCUCAGAAAAUUUUAAUGAUAAAAUUAUGAAUUUUAGAGCUAAAAAUGUAUCGUCAAAAAUAAUUUGUUUCGCCAAUUCUAUAGAAAAAAAGGUAUAUUUAUUUAUAUCAAUAUAAUAUUAUAUUCAAUCAUUUCAUAAGAAUUAUCCGUACAUAUAAAAAAAGGAAAAAACUAUAAUUAUAGUUUCCGAUUUUAAGUUUUUCGCGCAAUACAUUCUCUAAGUACAAAAAAAAAGAAAAUAAAUCAUGCAUUAUCAUAACGCUCUUUAUUAUUUGUUUGUGUAAAAUUAACACUAAUUUUUGAACUCUUCACGGAGCAUUAUUGGCGGCGCUUCUAACUGCCAUUGUUGUGAAUUCUCCUAACAAAUUACGUAAAAAUGACUUUUAGGUAUAAACCGUUUUAUAAAACGAAGAGAUAAAAU